GCCGUCUUUGCCAGCCUGUUUCAGGAUGUUUGGGCAGGAGUUUUUAAUGGACCUUUUGCAGUAAUACUGUACUUUUAUUACGGUACCCGAAGGGUAAUGUUGCAUGUUGCCCCAGGGUGAUUCCCCCCUGUUGGUAGCUGAGUGAUCCCUGCUGGUUCUUCACAUUCAGCAUCUGUGCAAGCCACGUUCUAUUGAUGGCCUGUUGUGAGUUCAAUGGAACAUCAUGGGAUACCCCUGGCCCGUCGGGCAGCACUGGAUGGAGGUGCCUUUAGUCCCAUGUACCUGGCAUGGUGAUAACGUGAACGGGGAAAGGAAGAGGAGGUGGAGAUGGAACUGCCAAAUCAUGCCAAACAAUUGCUGCUGCAGCUAAACCAGCAACGAGCCAAAGGUUUCCUCUGUGAUGUGAUCAUUGUCGUAGAAAAUGCACUCUUCCGCGCUCACAAGAACAUUCUGGCCGCCAGCAGCAUGUAUUUCAAAUCCCUCGUCCUGCACGACAACCUGAUCAACUUAGAUACUGACAUGGUCAACCCGACCGUGUUCCGGCAAAUCUUGGACUUUAUUUAUACUGGCAAGCUCUUAAUGACUGACCAGCCUGGUGAACAGAACUUUAACGCUCUACUCACUGCUGCAAGCUACCUCCAACUACCUGAACUUGCUACUCUCUGCAGAAAAAAGCUGAAACGCAACGGGCGGUCUUUUGCAACCAGGGCGGGUGGCGCCCCCGGCGUCGGGAGGCCCCCUCGUAGCCAGAGACUUUCCACCACGUCCGUCAUAACUCGUUAUUCAGGGUCAACUGAGGGGAUUAAGGGCUCUCAUUCGAAGGAGAUGCCAAAGGGAAAGAUCUCGGACGACGAGGUCUUCAUCAGCAGUUCCAACCAAGAGAAUUCACAUGCCUUCAGCAGGGGAAUCAGCAAGAACGGCAGCGACGGGAGCAGCAGCAGCGCCAACGGGAGCAACGGGGACCAAGAGAUUGGGCUCGACCUGUCGAAAAAGAGCCCCCCGCUCCCUUUAGCUGCUGCCCAGGACGACGCGCAGCAUGGCGAAAGCCAGCGCGGCUCCCCGCAACCUGCCUCGGCCCCUGCAGCCAACAGUGCCUCACCCUUCGAAGAGUCCAAUGCCGGUGCUCCCCCCAAUCUUGCUGACCACUGCGAACCCAUGGAAAUGGACUUGAGCGAAGACCGCCCGGAAGGGAGCCAACGGAAAAGCCUGCGGCACUCGUCGCGCAAGAAGGAGUGGAUCAAGAAAGACAGCGCCUUCGACCGGAAGGAAGGCGGCAUCCUCCCUGGCAAAGGGGGCGAGGAGGGCGAGGGGCUGCCCAACGGCAUCCUCAUGGGCUCCUUGUCGAAGUCGGCGGAGAGGAACCUGGGCCUGGCAGCGUACGGGCCGGAUUUGCCGUUCCCGUGCAAAGAGGAUGUAGAGAACGGCAAGGAGAACAGCGACGACAGCGGGCAGAGCGAGAGCGAGAGCGGAGGCCACACCAGCACCAACUACGUCUACCGGCAGGAAGGCUACGAGCCGGUGGCCUUCGGGGACAACCUUUACGUCUGCAUCCCCUGCGGGAAGGGCUUCCCCAGCUCCGAGCAGCUCAACGCCCACGUGGAGAAACACACGGAGGAAGACCUCUACAUCAAGGAGGAAGGGGCGUACGACGACAAGGAGGAAGAGGCGGAGGAUCUGUCCAACCCCAACCAGCCCUACACCACGGAAUCCCGGCCCUUCAAGUGCUCCGUGUGCGAGAAGAGCUACAAAGAUCCGGCCACUCUACGGCAGCACGAGAAGACUCACUGGCUGACGCGGCCGUUCCCUUGCAAUAUUUGCGGCAAGAUGUUCACGCAGCGGGGCACCAUGACGCGGCACAUGCGCAGCCACCUGGGCCUCAAGCCCUUCGCUUGUGAGGAGUGUGGGAUGCGCUUCACCCGGCAGUACCGACUGACAGAACACAUGCGCGUCCACUCAGGGGAAAAGCCCUACGAAUGUCAACUGUGUGGCGGGAAGUUCACCCAGCAACGCAACCUCAUCAGCCACCUGCGAAUGCAUACCUCUCCUACAUAAGCCAAAGACUCUGCCAGCGAGCUCAGAGCCCAUCCGCCAUAAACAUAACCUUUCCCUAGACUUGCUGCUUUAAAACAAAACAAAACAAAGAAGGGCCAUCCGUUUCCCUGUUCAGUCAUGGGGAGGCUUCAAACCAAACCAAGCUUUUCUCUCUUUUCUCCUCUCUUCUCUUCUUCCUAGUCUCUCCAUCCUACAUCAGGCACUGUUUCGUCCAUCGCUACUCCUCCCUGUUUAUGUUUUCCUUCUGCUCGCCUGUUAGGUGAGGUUGGAUCACGAAAAUGCCCCUCCAUGCAGCAAGUUGUGGGGUGGGCCUGAGCUUUCCCCUUCCGAGCCCAGGAACCGGAAAAAAGGAGGAUGUAGAAAGAACGGGAGAUACGACACAAGGAGCUGGUGAUCUUUGUGGCCGAUCCCUCCCUUUCCUUUCCUUUCAUUAGCACUUUGCAAUCGUCACGACAAAGCUCAACCCCAAAUGUUAAUUCCUUUGCACCAAAAGGCGCACGACGACGUUCUGCCGUGCAACGCUUAACCCUUGCUAGCAGUAGUCUUCGUUUUUUUUUCUUCCAGUCGUACCCAUUUGCACGGAUAGCCGGCCUUAAGACCUUUCUUGUCCAUUGAGGCCUAUUUGUGUUGGAUUCCACCCUCUUCCCCCCCAAAGAAAAUGCUCUUUUUAUUAUUAUUCUUGGUUUUGAUAGGAGGAAAGUGCCCUCCCACCCCCAUAACACAUAGGCGGGAUGGAGUUCAUCCUGUUUAGCCUUGGAGAAACAAACACGGACCUCUUUCCUUCUGACCUCCUCUCUUUUUAGCCGUAUCCAUGACUGAACCAGGCCUGGGUGUGCCGUCCCCCCUCCCCGUCCUUCCCCCCCAAGGAAAUUUCUUUCAACUGAGCAGGGGUCGUCUUUCUGUUUUGUUUUGUUUUCCUCCUAGUUUCGUAUGGAUAUUCUUUGCUUAGAGGUACUUGUGUUAUUAAGAGGAAAAAAAACCAUUGUUAACGUUUAUGUAAUUGUCAGAACUGGUAACCAUGGAAGCGGGUGGGGAGCGGGUUUGACGUAGGCUGGAAUUGCUACAAGUUCCUUUAGGUACUUUUUUUUUAAUUUUUAUUUUUGUGUGUCUGUGUGUGUGUGUGCGCAUGUGUGUGCGUGUGUGUUUAGCUUCCCCCCUCCCCCCACUAAUGAAUGGGUCUGUCUGGAAGAGCCCGUUCCCUUUGCUACCUCUUGAAUUCACGAGAACAAUAAGAUGGUUAGUGAAAUAU